UUGCUGCGCCCCGGUCGGGCUGGCGCCAAGGCCGGGAGCCCAGGCUGCCGCCCUCCUUGGUCACCGCGCAGGCGCGGCCCACUGAGCUGGGAGCUUUCCGGGGCUGCCGGCUGCCGGCCGUCAGGAGCGCGGGCGUUUGCGGCGUGCGUUUGGCUUGCUCCAGCUGCGUACUACCUGAGACAGCGAGGUGCAGCGAGCCCAGUCUUCCGCUCCCUGGGCCCUGUGGCUAUGGAGAAUCAGGUGCUGACGCCGCACGUCUACUGGGCUCAGCGACACCGCGAGCUGUAUCUGCGCGUGGAGCUGAGUGACGUGCAGAAUCCUGCCAUAAGCAUCACUGAAAAUGUGCUGCAUUUCAAAGCUCAGGGACACGGUGCCAAAGGAGACAAUGUCUAUGAAUUUCACCUGGAGUUCCUAGACCUUGUGAAGCCAGAGCCGGUUUACAAACUGACCCAGAGGCAGGUAAACAUUACGGUACAGAAGAAGGUGAGUCAGUGGUGGGAAAGACUCACCAAGCAGGAGAAGCGCCCACUGUUUUUGGCCCCUGACUUUGACCGCUGGCUGGACGAGUCUGAUGCAGAAAUGGAGCUCAGAGCCAAGGAAGAAGAACGCCUAAAUAAACUCAGACUGGAAAGCCAAGGCUCUCCUGAAACUCUUACAAGCUUGAAGAAAGGAUACCUAUUCAUGUAUAAUCUUGUUCAGUUCUUGGGAUUCUCCUGGAUAUUUGUCAACAUGACUGUGCGGUUCUUUAUCUUGGGAAAAGAGUCCUUCUAUGACACAUUCCACACCAUGGCUGACAUGAUGUAUUUCUGCCAGAUGCUGUCAGUUGUGGAAACCAUCAAUGCAGCAAUUGGAGUCACUAAGUCACCAGUGAUGCCUUGUCUUAUACAGCUUCUUGGAAGAAAUUUCAUUUUGUUUAUCAUCUUUGGCACCAUGGAAGAAAUGCAAAACAAAGCUGUGGUUUUCUUUGUGUUUUAUACAUGGAGCACAGUUGAAAUUUUCAGGUACCCCUUCUACAUGCUUUCAUGCAUUGACAUGGAUUGGAAGGUGCUCACAUGGCUUCGUUACACUGUGUGGAUUCCCCUGUAUCCUCUGGGAUGUUUGGCAGAAGCUGUCUCGGUGAUCCAGUCCAUUCCAGUGUUCAAUGAAACAGGAAGAUUCAGUUUCACAUUGCCAUAUCCAGUGAAAAUCAAAGUUAGAUUUUCCUUUUUUCUUCAGAUUUAUCUUAUAAUAUUAUUUUUAGGGUUAUACGUAAAUUUCCGUCACCUUUAUAAACAGCGCAGGCGGCGCUAUGGACAAAAAAAGAAAAAGAUUCACUAAAAAGAGAGAGGUGACUUCUUGCCAGUUUGAGCCUAAUCUAUAAUUCCUACAGUUUUACCUUCUUGUACUGAUGUAAAAGUCUUUUUAAAAAGUGAAACAAUUGAAUUCUCAGCAAGGCUAUCUUCCCUUUUCCCCAGUAACAUUCCUGAAUUUACCGUAUUAUCUUAGUGUAGUCCUUGCAUGACAUGGAUUCCUGAUAUCUCAUGACAGGUUCAUUCUUGUAUAUUCUGUUAGUGACGGCAAAAAACUCAGCCCUACCCCCACCCACUCUGUGUCCAGUCUGUUUCACACAGGCCAGAGAUAAUUCUUCAGUUUCCUGACCCUCCCAGGUACUGGCCAUUCUUAGAGCUGGGAUUUGUUCUUUUCAGCUAUUGUGUGUGAAAAAAAAAAAAACAAGACUCUGUUGCUUUAUAGGAGGCUGUAAAAGUGACUCAACAGGACUAAUGUAUUUGAACCAGAGGGUUACUUGUUAAGUGGGGUGGCGUUGAUUUUUUGAAAUGAUUGAUAAAACAUUUGUGAGUCUGAGUGGGGCUAGAGAACAUGUAUUUCCUCUGAAUCUUUUGGCCUCUCUGACAUCUGUGACUGCAGUGCCUCCCUGUGUGGGGCCUCUCGAGGCAGAGUGAUUUGACAGAAACCACUCAGAACCUUGGAAGACCAUGAUCACUUACUUCAUUCAUAGUUAAACUGGGACAAUUUUCAACACAAAAGAAAGAUGAAACAUUAGUUAGAAAACAAUGAGAUGAUAAGACUUCCAAACCGAAAUGGCUACAGGGGUCAGAUAGGUCAAACUGGCAGUAAGAUGGCUGCUGACAAUGCAGCCAGUGGCAAACUGGAAACAUUACAGUAGGCCAGACUAAACACACCUACAAAACUGUCUUGGGCUGUGCACAGUCCUAAAAUAACUCAGCCUGCCUUCCCUUGCACUGGCUGAGUCCAUUUACCCGUGUCCCUGUCAGAGUGAGUGGUGGGAUUGUUUCUGAAUACACCUCAAAAACACCUGCUUUUACUGCGCUGUUGUUUCACCAGUCUGCAGUAGGACAGUGAAAACAGUGAGAACUCUGGCUCGAGGACGACCAGCUGGUCCUUUAACAAAGAUUCCUGGCAGGAAAGCCACCAAGAGAGGAACUGAAAAAAAUCUAGACAAUUUAAAGUUUGGUCAUUGUCAAAAACAUGAGUUUCCUCUAAUACAUUCCAAGUGAACCAAGUAAAAUAAAGUGCUAGAAGUAACGCUUGUAUAAACAAAUUUAAGGCUUGAUAGCUCUUUCUGUUCUGCCAUUCAUUGUUCCUGGAGGAAAGGGGACUCAAUGAAUUAAUGCUGUUUCUCUGAGCCCAAGAUGGAAACUUGGUUUGACCUAAAAACAUCUGAUUAGCAUAGGCUGGCUCAUUUUUUACAAGUUCAUUGCACUGAAGGAUAUUUUGCAUGUCUGUAACUUCUCUCAACACUUGUUUGUAUUAACUUCUUAUGUUCUUUCAACUGACUUUCUGUGUGUAAUUGGGCAGAUCAGCUUUGCAGUAGAUGAUGCUGCAUCUUUGUGGCAGAAUCUUGUAUUCUUAGUGGUUGUUAUAAAUCUCUUUAUUGCUGUCUGAGAAAGCAAAAGAUUGUGUAUUUCUAUUAAACAUUUACAAUCAAAAUCCUAA